AAUGACUCAAUGAGUCUGAUUAAUAGAACAGCAAGUUAAAUGAGUGUUUAACACUUUUAAGAGUCUUACAGAGUUUACUGUUAUGGCUACAUUUAGUGACCCUCGUGUGUCAUCUGUCCUAAAUGAUCCCCUUCGGUGCAAGAUGGCACCACAUUGUGCUCCAUCAGCAGAACCGAGCCAGAGCGAAACACCUCGGUUCCAUGCCAUCAGUGUGAUCCGUCACACAUCUGAUCACCUGCGUCAGGUUUCCUCAGAGACGUUCGUCCCCGAACCCUUGCCCGUCUGCAACAUCCGGAGCCACUGCGGUGGUCCAAUUGACAGCUGUUCAGAAGUAAAUCUUGAAAAUCUGAACUCUGUCUGGUUCAGCUCUGCCUCCAAAACCCCUCCUGACACCAUCACAGCAUCAUCUGUAGCACUGUUCCAGAUGCUUCCAUGUACAGUGAUCAACACACAAGCUCCAUCUACAGUUAAUCCCCCAGUUUUAGUGGCCUCUCGUGUUCCCAGCAUGGUAGUGGUGCUUCCAAAGUCUCACACACAGGCUCUGGUGGACACAAGUAAAGGUUCAAACAUCACUGUCAUUAACCCUGUAGUGAAGAACCCGCCACAGCAUCGUUGCCACAUUUGCCCCCACGCUGACUGUGGUAAAACCUAUCUGAAAAGUUCCCACCUGAAAGUGCAUCUGCGUACACACACAGGUGAGAAGCCGUUUAAGUGUCAGUGGGAGGGAUGUGAAUGGAGAUUCUCCCGAUCAGAUGAACUCUCCCGUCACAGACGCACUCACACCGGGGAGAAACGCUUCACCUGCUCCACGUGUCACCUUCGCUUUACACGCAGCGAUCACCUCGCCAAACACAAGCGUCGGCAUUAUGUGGCCAAGAGAGCUCCGGCUUGGCAGGCACAUAUCAGCCGCAUUGGCUGCUUCGGCGCAGGAGCUCGAGCUCUCCUGCCCAUCGCAAUCAAACCGCAGGUCUGAAUGUACUACUCAAACAAAGAUCAUGGAGGCUCAUAUUAGGAUUGUUUACUGCACAUUCUGCACCUUCUCUUUGAGGUUGGUGUGGCCAACAAUGCACUUUAUAUACUAUGUUAGUUAAAAUUAUUCAUGUUCAAAUAAUCAUUAGAAUUUCUUAUUCAAGGAAGGUGAACCUUUUUCUUAGCGCUCAUCAAGCUGUAGACGGCUUCACAGCAUAAACCUCGAUUAGGAUUGGACAAAACGUUCUCAGGCUCUGUUCGUGUUCUUGAACUGCGUUCCAAACUGUAAAGCAACAUUACACUUAGUGUAAAGAAAUGAACACACAUUUAAGCACAAUCAUUUAUUGACGGCGUUUUGCCGAACAUAACAAGAUGUUACAUUUUCCGUCUGAGGGAUUGAAUUCAUCUCAUUCAAAAUGACUCAACUUUGUUUCAGGUAAACUGGGAAGCUUGUCCAUCCCGACCAACAGCACUUACAGAAACCAUAUAGCACUUUCUUAAGCACACCCGACGACAUAUACAUAUAUAGUCAACAUACAACCAAAAGCUUCUAGGCAUGUGCGGAUAAUAGGCCACGUCUCGAUAUGUAACGUGCAUGAACAAAAUGCACAAAAUGUCGUCUCUUUGACUGCGUUUCAUUCUUAAAGAAGCUAAUUACAUGAGAACAGCUUAAUGAGUAUCUUCUUUGGACAAAUAUAAACUCCCAUGUUCUGAAAGAUUGAUGCAGUGCAGUUUUAAUAACAUGCCCUGUUAUUCCAGCUAUAAGCACGUCUGAGUUUGGUAGCGAUAUUUACCUUGAUAAAAUGACCAAGAAUUAGUCAACACUGGACAUGACCUGCAAGCAUAAGCAAUAAAUAAACACUGAUUCCAACCAGCAGAAACAGCAACAUUGAUUUUUUUCCCCCAGGAAAACUAUUUCCAUCCCUCAUGGUUCACAGGCACUGAUGGACAUGAGGUCUUUAAACUUCUCAGUGCCAGCUGUAAUUCCAUUUAAACACCAAACAGUGGGACGGUGAGGAACUGCAUAAUUCAAUUUCUACUGGUGCCCCAUGUUGUUGGUUCUGCAGAUUUGAUAAAUAAAAGACAGACUUUUAAUAUGAUCUGGGUGUAAAGAACAAACGUGGGACAUCGGGCCUACUUUACAUUUUUUUUGUCCAACUGCAUUUAAGAAUGGAGUCUUCACUACACACAAAUAUGGUUUUGAGUGAUGAUUGUGAUAUGAACAUCAGCACAUGCCUAGAAGCUUCACAUAAAAAAACAGGACGAUGAGGGGCAAUUUAUCUGCUUUGUUAUCCUGCUAAAUUGAAGCCAUGCAAUUGUGUUCAAUAUUGCAGUUCCAUUACAAUUAAACCUUUGUAGCAAUUCA